CUGCUGAGCGUAUUCGAGUCGUUCGCGCGACGACGACGUGACGUGACGUAACGUGACGUGACGUCGCGGCGUUACGUGAGGCGACGCGAGCCGCCGUCACUUGUCACGUGUGGGAGAGCCGUGAAAUAUCGGGGGUGCUAAUCUCCGCAUCCUCAGAACGGGGGUGAUAAACGUGAAGGUAUAUGGACUAUCAAGAAAGGAGAUUCCUCGUCCGUACAAAAGAUGGGUCAUGGGUCAAGCCGUUCUGCUUCAUCAGCGAAUAUUCUUUCUGCGGACGAGUUGACACUAGUGGAGAACCUCUUUAAAUCCAUGUCCCGCAGCUCUGGUUCCAUUAAACGCGAAGACAUAUUUAAACACUGGUCGACCCACUUGGAUGAUAUAUUGCUGCAGUUUGUGGUACGGUUCCUCUGCCACGAUCCUGGCAAAAAGGUCUCGGCUGUGAACGGCGAGAACUUUGGUAGACUCUAUGUUUUUGCUGUACGUGGUAGUCCUGAGGAACGCACUAAUUUGAUUUUUGACGGUUUCUCGGAGGAAGAGCAAAAGUAUGAAAUGCCCACCGCUACGUUCCUUCAGUACAUUCAAGCAACGAUCAACUCUUAUUUGCGACUACAAAAAAACUCUGGUAAUACGCAUCACCUCAGCUGGAUCAGCAUCGGCUGUACUGUCAAUACUAGACGUAUAGGAAUGCGUUCGCGUUGUCUCUGUGAGGAUUUGGUGAAAUAUGGGGAUGUGUUAACCGUCGAUCAAGUGGAGAAUUGGUUUGUAACGGCGGCUACGUUUAAGAGCAUUCAGUCACAUGUUUUCCAAUACCUCUAUCUAAUCUCUCAGAAGAAAGGUAGCGAUAAGAAUACAAGUGCGCGAAUAAAUGAUCUGAAUCUUCUGCCGUUGUGCAAGGGUUUAGAGAAUAUACCGCAUUUUCCGAGUAUACUAGGCUUAGGAGAUGUUCUGUUCCUGAAUUUGAGUUUGCCACACGAGCUCCGUGAUGAAUGGCGAUUUCUUUUCUCAAGUCAAGUGCACGGCGAGUCGUUUUCCACUAUGCUGGGAAGGAUCGUCAUGCAAGGCGCAACGAUAAUCAUACUUCAAGAUACAGAUGAUCAUGUGUUUGGCGGUUUUGCCUCUGAUAGCUGGAGGCUAGGACCGAACUUCAUAGGGAAUCAAUCUUCGUUCCUAUUCAAGCUCGACCCGGAUAUACUGACGUUCUCAUCGACGAAUUACAACAAUCACUAUCAGUAUCUCAAUCUCCAUCAGCAAACGAUGCCUAACGGCUUGCUCAUGGGGGGGCAGCUAAACUAUCCCGGCCUUUGGUUGGACUGCGAAUACGGCACCGGCAAAUCGAGUUUAUCGUGCACUACUUUCCAGAAUUAUGUACAACUUAGCGGUAAGGAAGACUUUAAAAUCAAACACUGCGAGGUGUGGGGGGUCGGCCCGGUGCCGGACGUCGAAGAAGACGUGCGCGAAGUGAAAUCCGUGUUGGAUCAAGACCCGGCGUCGAAAGUGAUGCUAGAACUGUCUGGUCGUAAGUUACAUAGCGAGGGGCUUCGCGAGGAACACGAGUAAUUGUGAUACAAUAUUUAGGAAUUUAUAAUAUGGAAAUAUGAGCAGAGAGAGAGAAAGAAUGCUAAUGUUGUAAAGAUAUUUGCAGAUAUUUAAGAUUGUUCAACUUGAUUUAAUUCGAAUAAAAUAUAUGUAAAAUUUGUUAUCGAUUCUAAUAAUUGUAACGGGAUAUAUACGGGUAUGAAAGAAAUACGUAUAAAAUCUUAAUAAUUUACAAAAAUAACUGGUUAUAGUAUAGACGAGAAAAAGAAAAACAAAGAAUCUUUCCAUUUUACAUAAUCUUUAAGAUUGAAAUAAAUUUGUGUGAUAACGCUGCGAGAGAUAAUUAAAGCACAUUAACGGAAACGAAUUACAUUACGAAAAUCAUCGUGAAAAGUUUGAAUGAGGAAGUUCUGUUUGUUUGUAUAUAUGUACGAAUGCGCGAUCUUUACGUACGUUUUUUUUACAGACUUAUAUGUAUGUGAGGCUAUUUAUUUGUAUAAUUAUUUAUCUAAGUAUAUUAUAUUAUAUAGGACUUUUUUGUCCCUUUUUAUAACGGCCUGAUGUCUCUCGAUUCGCGAUUAUCUCUUUUUGGUGACUCGAUUAUUACUUACGCUAACACUCGUGCAAUUUUAUCACAUUAUCUAUACAUGUAUUUUUUUUUUGUUAAAUGUAACACUAUGAUAUUAUUAAAGAAUAUCAUGCCAAUCGUUGCGUGGCCUGAAUGCCUAUUGUAUAGUGCCUGACGAGUCGUUAUAAUUGUUAAUUUAUCGUUCUCUGCGUAUAUUAAUUAUUCAUAAACGAAUAACCGUGUGCCAUACAAACUGCUCUUGUUAACUAAGACUGUAUAAUCGUGUCAUCGUGUAAAGAAUAAAAAAAUACAUACACAUAUAAUAAAAA